AUGGAGCAGGUACGGUGUAGGACCUUCCUCAUGGCUCACUGGGCUUGGGUAUUGUUCCAGCUAUACUUGUUACCGGAUAUGGGUACUCGAAUAAUGUAUUUCUGCGUGUCACAACUAGUGUCUGCUACUUUGAUAGCUUACGUUGUAACAUUCAGUCACAAUUCAGUCGACAAGUUUCCAGGUACGCCUAAUCAAUAUAUCGAUUUUUUGACGUGGUCGUACCUUUUCGUUCUAGCAAAUUCUCGCCUCUUGAACAAUUUUGCUUGUUUGCAAAUCUUUACUACCCGAAAUAUGACACCAGGACCGCUCACCGAUUGGCUUUGGGGUGGACUUAACUAUCAGAUCGAACAUCACCUUUUCCCCACAAUGCCCAGAUGUAACUUGAACACUUGUAUGAAACUAGUGAAGGAAUUCUGCCGCGAAAAUAAUCUACCCUACCUCGUCAACGACUACUUCGACGGCUAUGCAUUGAAUUUGAAACAACUUGAGAACAUUGCUCGACUGACUAAGACGAAAUCGAAUUAG